UGUUGCCCACGAACCCCGUCUCACAGAGCCGAUCAAAUACCGCCAAAAUGCCUAAGGAGGUCGCUGAUAUCAAGAAGUUCAUCGAGAUCUGCCGUCGCAAGGACGCUUCGUCCGCGCGGAUCAAGAAGAACAAGAAGGCCCACAACAUCAAGUUCAAGGUCCGAUGCCAGAAGCACCUCUACACCCUGGUGCUGAAGGACAACGACAAGGCCGAGAAGCUUAAGCAGUCCCUUCCUCCUAACCUGCAGAUCGCAGAGGUUUCUAAGAAGAACUAAGAAAAUGAAUUGGCGGUAAAACGGAGGUGGUGGCAUUCGGCGUGAGAAGGGUUUACAUGCACAAACUGGGCGUCUCGGGAUACCUUGCAUUUCAUGUGCUCAGAACGCGCGCUCGCAAUAGAGCUCAAUAUAACGAUUUGAGACAC